AUGGCCGAACAGCAGCAACGUGACUCGCUAUGCCCACGAUUGAUCGACUAUCUGGCAAUUGUUGGGGCGCGUACGACGCAUGUGGCGCGCUCCGGGACUGGCAACGUCGGGACGGCUUCUGGUUCUGCCAGCCAAUCGUCCGUGCAGCUGCCCGAACUGUUGCGACGCUACCCACCGAUGGACCAUGAUGACUUCCCGCUGCCACUGGACAUGGUGUACUUUUGUCAGCCGGAGGGAUGCGUUAGUGUUGGUUCCCGGCGGACGGGAUCCGCCAUUCGGGAUACGACAUCCUUUGUGUUCACCCUCACCGAUAAGGAUUCGGGCAAGACGCGGUACGGUAUCUGUGUGAAUUUUUAUCGUCCAAUUGAAAAAUCACUACCCCGCGUGAGUGUCGGUUCGGGCACAGCGAAUAGUAAACAGCCACCCAAUUCUUCCCUGCGCCGCGAGUCCUGGCGCAAGAGCAUGGAGAAGAGUUCCGACUCUGCCUUUUCGAGCGACUAUCGGAGCAGCAACAUAGCGCCGAGCGACUCCUCCGACCGGGAUUGUCCGAGCAGGCGUGACUCGGAUCCACCGAACGCUAGCACCAACUACGGAACUACCCAUCAAUCACUGUUGGGGGUGGUCGGACCGUCCGGAGACUCAGAGUCCGGUGGUAGCCAUUCGCCCUCACCACGCGCUUCCCGCAAGCGAUCGAAAGUCCGCAACCACUCGCUGACAUCGCUCUGCAUACUGUCGCACCAUCCAUUUUUAACGAUAUUUCGCGAAUGUUUGUUCAUUCUGAAACGGCUCAUCGAUGCGUGUAACGAUUCGUGCAGCCCGAAACGGGUUGGCGCCGCGCGGCCAUCGGUGCGCGAUAGUGUCUGGAACGUCCUGACGAAUCAAGCGUCCGAGUCGACCAGCUCGGUCAUACUGCACGAUGUGCAGGAGAUCGAGACCUGGAUCCUGCGGCUACUGUCAGCGCCGGUACCGGUGCCGGGUUCAACGCGCGUGGAGGUAGACGUCCUGUCCGCUGCACUCUAUCAACCGCUCGUGUUCGCACUACCGGACCACACGCGCUUCACGCUGGUCGACUUUCCGCUGCAUCUGCCGCUGGAGCUGCUGGGGGUCGAUACAUGUCUGCGGGUGCUGACGCUAAUACUGCUGGAGCACAAGGUCAUCAUACAGUCGCGCAACUACAACGCGCUCUCGAUGUCCGUGAUGGCGUUCGUGCAUCUGAUCUACCCGCUGGAGUACAUGUUCCCGGUGAUUCCACUCUUACCAACGUGUAUGGGCAGCGCUGAGCAGUUGUUGCUUGCACCCACGCCUUACAUUAUCGGACUGCCAGCGACCUUUUUGAUGUACAAGAAAAAUUUUCGCUUACCGGACGAUAUUUGGCUCGUUGAUCUAGAUUCGAACAAGUUAACGCCGGCUUCCGGUGAUAUGGAGACCAUACCAAUGCUACCGGAACCGGAAGGCGGUAUACUGAAGAACCACCUCAAGCAGGCCCUCAACUCUAUGACAACCGGGAACCAAGCAUCAUCAAUGCCGAAUCGCCAGCAAGCUGCUAACGGGCGCGAUAGCUUCAGUAGCUCGAAUGCUACCACCGGUCUAGCACUGCAGGCACCUCAAUCGUCUGGAUCGCAUGGAUCGAACCAUGGCGGUACAUCAUCCGCUGGUGCCCCACCUUCGGCAGGUGCACCGGGUUCAACCGUUGCUUCCCAACAGCCGAGUCCCGUCGGGCAGCCGUCCACUGCCAAUCCGCUGAUUUUUGGUGCCGACGUCGACUCGGUCGAUGUUGCAACGCGCGUUGCGAUGGUGCGCUUCUUUAACUCGCAAAACACGCUCGCCAACUUCACCGAGCACACACGGAUCUUGCGGCUGUACCCGCGCCCGGUGGUCGCGUUUCAGAUUAACAGCUUCCUGCGUUCCCGGCCCCGUACGUCCGCGUUUCUGAAUCGCUUCGCACGCACGCAGGCGGUCGAGUGGUUGGCGGAGUGGUCACUGACGCCCUCCAAUGUAGCGUUUCUUCGCGUGCAAACGGGUGUGCUGGAUCCAGCGCAGGUCGGCGAUAAGCCGAAAUGGUACGCACACGCACUCAACCCUAUCCGCUUUCAGGUGUGGGACGAGGGUAGUUCGCUAAGUGUGGCACUCAAGCGCAUGCUGCGCCUCGAGAGUCAACCGACGGAUGAGAGUGGUUCCGACUCGGAUGGUGCGGACAGUACCAGCUCGUCGUACUCGUCGCUGAGCGACUUUGUGUCGGAAAUCGUAUCAUCCGACCUGUCGCCCAGUCUGCACGAGGUGUACGCCAAUCAACACCAUCAUCAUCAUCAUGUCGCACCAAAGAACCUGUCGUCGAACCUAGACCCCCAUCUCGUCUAUCGACCGCCCAGCUCGUUGCGCUUUCCGGAAGGAAUGCAGCCCCAGCCGCGGGAACCGAGCGGUGCGGAGCAACCGGACUCUGCCGAAUCGACAUCUUCCAGCCAGUCGGACCUUAGCUCGCCCAGCUUCAACCGGGAUUCCGAGUUUGAAUUCAACCCCAAGACACGCAAUGAGGUGCAUCUGGUAGUGAAGCCGGAGCGCGAGCACGGUAGUUUCGAGAAUGAGUCCGACUCGAACUCAACCACCACACCGAAAACGAUCGUAUCGAAGGAUAGCGGUGGAUCGCACGAGGCCGUGGCGGGAGCUAAACGUAGCGGGAAGCUGUGUAAGAUACCGCCCCCUAUAUCGCCCAACUUUGCACGCCAGCAGAGCGGCGCAAAUUUGCUCGCACGCACAUCCAGCUCGGGGUCGACCGGAUCUGGCAGCCACCCACCGUCACUUGGGUCGGCUGGUUCGCAACGCCAGAGCUCGCAAGGCUCACUGUUCGAGGUGCUGACGACACAGGCGAAGGAGCUGGUUAGGGAAACGACGCGACAAAGCAGCCAGGACGGGCUGUUGGCUCAGAUGGAUAAGUUCAAAGUGCAGGCGAAGGAAAUAGAAGAAGAUCUCAAGAUUCUAGCUCCCCUUGAGCAGCUUACGUUGCAGGCAAAGAAGGCCGCCGAGGAGGCUUCGAAACAGGCGCUCGAAGCAUCCAAGCAGGCGGCUGGCGUCAGCAAGAAUACGAUCGAAGAUCUAACGUACGUUGGCAAAUCCACCAUUGGUGAUCUCACCAAAUCGGCGAAAGAAGUGGCAGCGAAGAAGGGUUUACUGCAGCAGGGUACUGGACCCUACUCCGGUCCGCAGUCGCUAAAUUCCCCGACGUCGAACACGGUGGCCACCACCAACCAGUCACUGUUUUCCUCGAUCACCAGCGAUUUUAACGGCAUCGCCCAAUCUACAUCCUCCAUGUUUUCCGACCUGUUCGGCAGCAAGCAGAAAAACCAACAGCAGCACCACCAGCAGCAGCAACAUCAGCAACCGCAACACCAUCAACAGCAGGGUGGCGAUUCGCAGCGUGGCACCACCAUGCUACAGCAACAGCAGAUCAAAAUGAAGGAGAAGCUAUCGUUCGAUCCGUUCCCCGGGCGGAAGGGUUUGGUUGAGCGCAACCCGCUCAUCAAACACUCUGGUCCGAAGCAAACGAAAGAGGAGAUCCAGCGGAUACAGAACGCCGAACGGUCGACAAGUAACUCGGAAAAUCAAACCUUCCUCAAAGAUCUGGUAAAUCAGGUGUUGGCCGGUGAGGGUGUUGGAUGGUUGAAGCUGAAUCGUCUCAAGAAGCUGAUGGAGGAUGAAUCGUAUCGUAUGCUGGUGUUGGGGAAACUCAACAGGACGCUCGAGCGAAAAAUCGGACCUGAUGAUCACAUAGACGAUGUCUGUGUCUCGAAAGCGGUGUACAAGGGAACGCUAAAGUGUUUAGUGGCCAUCACGCACGGUUUGGAGCACACGAUAGGCAACUUUGGUCUCGGCGGGAUGGCGUCCGUCUUUCAGAUGAUGGAAAUCGCACACACGCAUUACUGGAGCAAGGACCUAACCGAAGGUGCAGGUUCUGAUAUGUCCGCCAGUUUACUAUCCAGCCAGAGCGUCAGCCCGAUGGGCAGUCGAGAGAAUCUCCGGUCACCGCAAAGCCCUUCGGAGCUGUCCGACUGGAUGUUGGGUAGUUCGCGCAAAAGCUCCAACGCAAACACGGACCACGUCACCUUAACACGGCAUCCGUCGGAGAACGAACAGGAUAAUCAAUCGACGUCCGAGAUGUUCAAAGACAUGCUGUCGCUUAAACGCAACGUGCUGUUUAACAAGUUGACGUCGUUUGACUCUGAGGGUAGCAUUGCGAUGCAAGAUUCAUCUGGGACAUUAUCUGUCGCUAGUGACGUUUUGCCGCAACAGCAAUCCGGUGACUUUUUGGCCACCUCCAUUUCUUGCCGGUCGACUGUGUCGGAUACCGAGUACGAGAAGUUUCCGAAAAGUUCCACACUGAAAGACGCGAAAAAGAUGGCCGGCGGUAUAUUCUCCGGCAAGUCGUCACUAAGUGCCGGCUUCCGCUACACCGGUGGUAGUUUGAUUCCCUCGUCCGGGUCACCUUCACCGGAUGCGCCCCGGGUGUAUCUGUUCGAGGGUCUGCUGGGAAAGGAUCGGUCCAGCAUUUGGGAUCAGAUGCAGUUCUGGGAGGAUGCGUUCCUGGACGCGGUGAGUCAGGAGCGCGACAUGAUCGGGAUGGACCAAGGCCCUGGAGAGAUGAUGGAGCGUUACAAGGCAUUGUCCGAGUCCGAACGCAAGCGGCUAGAGCACGACGAGGAUCGGCUUCUAUCAACAAUGCUGUACAAUCUUACCGCAAUUCUGGUCAUGCUGAAUGUGCACAAGCUGGAAAUAAAGAAGAAAGUGCGUCGGUUGCUCGGCAAAAGCCAUAUAGGCUUCAUCUACUCGCAGGAAGUGAACCUGCUGCUGGAUCAGAUCAAUAAUCUGCAUGGUAACGACAUCGACCUGAAGCCGCUCGGAUCCCGGUUACUGCAUCGACAAAGUUUCACCGUACAUCAGGGUAUCGAUGCGAGCGGUUCGCUCCGGUUUAUUGAAGUGCGUGACGACGGACUGGUGCUGCGUUCGGUCAAUGGCAGCAUCACCGAACGAUGGUGGUUCGAACGGCUCGUCAACAUGACGUAUUCGCCGAAAACGAAGGUACUCUGCCUGUGGCAGCGUAACGGUGGCCAAACCCAGCUCCACAAGUACUACACCCGGAAGUGCAAGGAGUUGUACAAUUGUAUCAAGGAGUCGAUGGAACGCAGCGGCUGCGCUGGCCAGGCGCCAGAGUUGGGAGGUGAGUUCCCGGUACAGGACAUGACGACUGGCGAGGGAGGUUUGCUGCAGGUGUGCCUUGAGGGCGUCGGACUGCUGUUUGCCAAUAGCAAGUUCUUCAUCCGACUGAACCACAUACGGAAGUGCUUCACGCAGAAAGGAGGAGUGUUUAUUUUGGAGGAAUACAAUCCCAAAACGAGACUUAUCAUUCAGCGUAAAUACAAAUCUGCGAUGGCGGAUCAAAUAUGCUAUGCUGUGCUGUGCGUAUUCUCAUACAUCGCCGCCGGUCAGGAGCAAACCAAGCAACAGCACGGCACGCAGGGAUCGGCAUCUGGAAAGGGAAUGUCGUCCGGACCCGCGGUACCAGCUAGCGUGGGAUUAUCACCAUCGGGGAAAGCUGUUCAGCCGCAGUCACAGCCCCAGCAGCAGCUGCAACAACAGCAUCAAUCGCAAAAAAUUCAGCAGAUACAUCUUCCGCAACAAAGCUCGCCGAAGCUGAAAACCGUGGUCGGUAAACCGAUCAGCCCGAAGCAAACGGCACCGACCAUCCAGCAGCCGGUACAGCAGCCUCCGUCGCACCCACCGCCAACGUUCCAAUCGCAACCGAACCAACCCCAGAAUCAGCGCAAACACUCCAACACAUCCCAGCAGGACGUAGCGGGCGUGGACAAGGCACCGUCGAUCCCCGGGACGGUGAAGCCGCCCUCGAUUCCAGCCCGCCCAAAGGUCACCACAUCCAGUUCCGUUUCUAGUAGUCCACCGUUGACCAAGGCACCGGUGCUAGUGCCGAACCGGGGUCCACCGCCAGCAAUUCCACCGCGCACUAGCCUUUCUCAGCGAUCCGAUUCGGUCAGCAGCGCGUCCGGUCACCAGCAACCGCUGCAGCGGCAGUACUCCGCAAUCGAACCUUCCGCCUCCGCCCGACAGGCUGCCACCAAACCGUUUCCCUUCCGUUCGCUGCAGAAGCAGUCGACGGACGCAGGUGGUAAUGUACCGUUCGAGCAUUAA